AUGCCCUUCCUUGUUCUCCCCGCCGAACUGAAGCUAUCCGUCUUCGAACUAGAUCUCGAGGACGACGCAUGCCAGCGCGCAGGUCUUCUGCUCCCGCACGAUAGGCUCUGCGACUACAUCCAGCGUCGUGAUGACAUAUAUCGCGACGAUGAUCACCCUUUGUGCUUAACAUCUACGUCUCUUGGGGAGCGUAUCCUGAGCCGGCAGGCGUCCGCCUGUGUCGACGAUCGUCGCGGCGGUCUCCCCCGCAUAUUCCAACUAUGUCACAUCUGUGCUUCACUGCGAUCCCUUAUCCGCCUCACUCCCUCACUAUGGGCUCGACAGGCUGCAUGUUGGCCAGGACAUUACGAUCAUGUACUGGCAAACGCUGGCGAUUAUCCCUUAUCGUUUCUGAGUUGGGAGGGUCUUUGCGCCUGCGCAUAUCGGGACAUCGAGAAAUUUCUGCACAGGGCAAAAGAUAUCGCGGUCGCCUUACCUUCGGAGUACCUCCGCGUAGACGGUGCGAAGCUCAGUACCGCGCAGCUCUUGCGCCGGCACCUGCUCCAAGCGAUUCACUUAGUGGAUCUAGAGAUGCGGUUUGAUGCCGCCCACGCAGAAUCUCGUGAGCUGAAAUCUACUCCGGUUGUUAUACCGACAUUACGGCGAGCUCGGGUGCAGAACUCCGACGUCAUUCCCACUAGCCCCGGCCUACGUGAACUUCACAUCGCCGUCGAGCCCGGAGGUCCAACGUUGUCGCUUUCGGGACUUUUACACCUACUCCGCAUCGCAACGCAUCUGCGCGUCGUCGUGUUGCAAUAUGCACUCGAAGGCGGCUACUCCAUUCCUUGGGAAGUGGAGUCGAAGGCCACAAGUAGAGUGUCACUGAACGAGUUGCGACACUUGACAUGCGCCGGGUACCGAGGACUCACGCGAGUGCUCAUGUAUUGGAUUUGUGCGCCAGCCUUGCAGGAGUUCCAUGUUGACAUAGACUUUGACUUGGGCGUAACGCCCCUUGACCAAAUUCCCUCGCAACUGGCCGCGGAGACGUGGAUUUUAUUGCAUCCGGGAGAAACUGUCUCCGCGAUGGACUACGCACGGCGGAAGGCUUUGAUGCUGACGGAGAGUGAAGAAUCUCAAGAGCAUCCGCCGGAUGUUCCUGAUAUACACACGCUGAGCUGUCUGGCAAUAGACGUCAUUCCUGACAGCGAAGCCGAAGACCCUUUAUCCUCCUGGCCUCGUUUGAUCACCGUUGCGGCAGCGCCAACUGCCCAAGAAGCUCUACGAGGCGUGUCACCUCAGCGAGACUCUACGUCGAUCGCAUCGGACGAUGUGCGACGGCUUUUAACGAUGCGAAACGCCUAUGCCAGUUUUCCCGGCGACGAAUGCGCGGCUUUGCGGGAGGGGCAUCCCAAGCAGCGGAAGCCGUCUCAUCUGGGAACGGCCUUGGCUCUUCCGCUCAGCACCUACCUUCACCAGGCAGACGCCGCAGACGCCGUUACGUACCUAGCGUUCAAAGAAAGUUCAUGGGUUCCAGUGGAUGAACGAGGGUGGGGGGCCGUGCUCGCGGAACUUCCGAUGUUACAGGAGCUGGCGAUUACGGGGCGGGCCAGUCCAGAGAGCGCCGCUUCUCUUGCACGGUACCUUCUGCAGCACGCGGAAGGGCCCAGGCUACAGAAGGUUACGCUUCAAGACGCCGAGAUCUACUUAGAUCAGACGAAAGGCCCAUACGCGGCGCUGAUGGAGGCGGGAAGAACUCAGUUCGCUGGCGAGCCCCGCUCAAGCGCUAGCGCCUAG